CAGCACCUCUUCUGCGAAGAAUACAAGUUUCUUCCUGAUCAUGAAUAUUUAUCUCCUCGGGGCAAAAGCCACAAGUCCGCUAUUAUAACAGCAAAUGGUAAUUUAUGCAUAUUUAGGCAAAAUUACAAAGUUCACACUUAUGUCAUCAAUAUGGAAUUUUAGGUGGUAAAUCACAGACGUCCUUUUCACGAAACGCAACUCAGCCGGGAGCGAAGGACGGCUGUUUUCGCAGGCUGGGUUUAACCAUGCAUUUUUGAAAGUUAUUCAUCUUUUUUGAAAACAUUUACAAUGCCCGUUACACUUUUUCUUGUAACCUCCCCAGUAAGUAAAACAUUUGUGUCUCUCGUACUUGUUUUACACGUGCACUACGCAAUCUGCAGGUACAUGGUUUACAUUUGGAUUUCAGUAUCAUUUUUGACAGAUAGCAGCUAGUCUUUCGGCUGGAAGCCGUUAACAGUUAGUGUUUAGUGUUACGCUGCUUUUCUGGUAUAGUGGGAUUCAUGCUGACGUCAUUGUUUACAUUUUUCCUCAUUUGCAUACGGCUUUGCAUACAGAAGGAAACAUGUUAGAUAUGAACAGACUCCAGGCAGAUAAAGGGCUAUAGUGAAACUUGAUACAUGGUGAAAUAUUUGAGCUAUUUGGGUGUAAUAUUCAAAGAGAAAUAGUCUUUCAAAAACUGCAAAAUUUCUGGGUGGCAAAAGCGCUAAUUAGCUCACACAUUCUUUGUAAAAUCUGGGGUUUUCAAACUCAUGUUGCACAAAAAGUAUUCAAUGCAUCAGGUUCAUAUUCAUGGGCGGCAUUAAUCAUACUAUGACUUUACAGUAUUUGCAACUGAUUUAUUUGUAGCUCCAUCAGAAACUGAAUUGCUUAUGCUAAUGAGUCAAAUAUUGUAAACAAGGAUUCUCCUAUUCCUGGUUUUAGCAGAGGUUCAUUAAACUUGAUUUUGGUCACAGUAGGAAAAUUUGGCUUUCAUUUUAGUCACAUACUUGGGAGCAUAGAACUUUGAUUACAUCAAUGUCAACCCUAGUGCACAUGUAGAGUGUAAACCAUGCCUUAUGUGAUGUGCUGAACAUGUGCACACUAGCAAUAGAAGGCACCAUCCUUAACAGCCACUGGAUAUCAGACAUUUCACCUUGCAAAUGAGGGCCUUCCUCACUUUUUUGCAAAAAAUGAAAAAGUACAGUACCGCAAAGUCUAAACGCAGUCUAACGUAGCAAAACGCGUGCGCACAUUUGACCCUUCGCGUUUUCAACGCGUUAUUAACGCGAAUUUUGUUUCGUUUAGUUCUGAGCGGUACUGUAGCAAGAUCUAGGAAUGUUUUAUAGUUGUUUUUGAUAUAAAGCAAUAUUAUUUUUUUUUACUAAUAAAACUGAUGUUGUUGGAUAUUAGAUGGUUAUAGCCAGUGCCGUAUGGCCACUAUAAACCAUCUUGUAUCCCUGCUGCAAGCAGGAAAAAUGAUCCUGUAUUACGGGUAAAUUAAGGAAUAUCACUGUGAACUCUUCUUUGCAUUUUUUUCUGAACUAAGAUUCAGCGGAGAUUUCAAAAACUUGAAAUUGAUAAAUGGUAAAUUAGCUACUGUAGCAAGUUUGUGACACUGUUAUUUUAGAGCAUUAACUAGUCCUUUGACAGAGCAAAGUCAAGUGUUGAUAACAACUCAGUAUUUUUACUUGGCUGCUGAUGCAGCUUGGUCGUGAUGUCCAAUCAUUAUGUAAAAUUAAGCAGACAAUUUUCCAAAUUUGAUUGACAAUGUCCAACUGACCAACUGUUAUUUUCAUUGCUGUACAAUGGUUUUCGGAGUUUCCUUUCAUUUUCUCUAGUGGGUACCCAGGGGCAGAAGGGUGUGCACAGGGAGUACACAAGAUAACUUUUUUUUUUCUUGUUAUUAAAACAUCUACCAACUUUUGAGUCUUAAAACUCUUUGCAGCCCUAGGUGGCUUUUGUAAGAUGAAAUAUCUUUGUUCGAAAAGUGUAAAAGGCAGAAAUUAGAACUUUGCUAUACUACAAAAUAACUCAAUGAGCCCAUGAUUUCAUUUCACUUUUUUUUUUUACCUUUUUUGCCACUCUUUUUUUAGAAGAAAGAUGGAUUACCAGUGUACUUGAAAGGAAAAUAUGGAAUUCCAAUGACAAGGUAAUUUAUUCAGCAGCUGGCGAUCUAAGACAUGAAUUCAGUAUCAUUCUGUUUACCCAUGGAAUAUUUGUGUAACUGAAUGGUUUUUAUUGCAGUUGAAUUUCACUGCAAUAGCCUCUCUGUAGCAGAAUUAACUGGCCAUUGGUGAUAGUUUUCUGUUAUUUGAGAGGUUACAACAAGAUUUAAGUGCAUGGUUCGGUUUUUUGCUGGGAGAAAUUUAUUAGACUAGCCAUUGUAGAGAGGUACAUGUACAGUGUAGGCAUGGAAAACGAUACCUGGGGAAUCUUUGGUCUUCAGGGGCGUAGUGACAAUGUUUGCACAUGUUUACUUCCAGAAAUUCAGGAAAAAGAAUUUACAUUUUUUGAGCAAAAGGUCACACAAUUAAAUCAGCUGGUUUGACAGUCUCUAGUCUCUCCUACAUGUAUUAAACAGUGAAACCUGCUAUCAAUUAUCCCAAAGGUUGACAUCUAAACAACAUAAGUUACUACAGAAUGUGAACAAAAUGUACUCACUGUACAAUGUACGGCUCCCUGGAAAAUGUGGGAAAUGACUUUUCUGAGCCUCUAAAAAUAAACAAUUCCUGGGGGUUAGGUACAUGUAUACCCCUUACUCUCCUAAAGUUUGCUUUAUUUCAUGUGCAAAAUCUACAUUCAAAUGAAUAUUGUGUUAUUCUCCACACAAAAUUGAGUGGUCCAGGUUCAGGCCCUGGCCAGGGUCAUUGCAUUGCACAUGUCCUUGAGCAAGACACUUUUACUCUGCCAGUGCCUAACAUACAUGUGUCACUCACUCACUCAUAUUUGUUGCUCCUGUGAGUGGAGCAUGAGGGCACUACAUACAUAGUAAGUUAGUUAAACUUUAUUUAGCCAGAGUGGCCGCCCAUUCAAUAUCAUGGCUGGUAUCCAGAGGGGCCAGGGCUAGCAAUAAAUGUUACAAAUAUGUAUACAGUAGUUAAAAAUCGAAUUUAAGAAGCUAGGAAAAUACAUGUAUACUAUACUAUGCUAAAAAGGUGAGAUUUAAUUUAAAGCUUAAAGAAAUUUUGUUGGUAGCAAAUUAAAAUGUACUGAACCUGAAAAUCUAAAAGUACACUUACCAAGGCUAAGUUUUGGCUUUGGUAGGUGAAGGUCACUUUGAGUGUUGUAGCUGUGUACAUUUAGUGUAUAAAUACUGAGGUACUAAAGCAUACAACCAUUUAUUUCUCCCAUUUUUCUUAUCAGAUUGAUGCUGUGGACAGGUGUUCUUGGUUCUAUCAGUUGUAUAUUGGUCUCAUUGGGUUGAUGGCUACAAACAACUUGCCUAAGCAUAAGCCCUGACUGGGAUCAAGUUGCCCUUACUGAUGGAACUGCAACAGCGAAUAAGAUGCUCAUUCUGAGGUUAAAAAAAAAAUGAUCAAAUGCUUGGGAAUGUUGUGAAACCUACAUGUACAUGUAGCAUGUAAAGUUAAUUAGGUCCAGAAGGAAUCCUUGUGUGUCCAUCAAAUAACUGCUUUUUUGUCAAAACUGUGCACAUAAUAAAGUUUGGAUGUUUGGAUAUUUGUGAGAAUAAAUACAGACUUUACCUUUUUAUCUCAUUUCUUUGUAGUAAUAUUUCAAUGCUUGUUUGAUUUUGUUUACAUGUUAAGGUCCUUAUUAAGUCCCUACUUAUUAAAUAGGGUCCUUUUAAGGUCCCUAUUAGGUCCCUAGGACUUAAUUGGGUCCUUUUAAGGUCCCUGGGUCCCUAUUAAGGUCCCUAUUAGGGACCUUAUGAAGGUCCCUAUUAAGUCCCUAGGACUUAAUAGGGUCCUUUUAAGGUCCCUAUUAGGGACCUCAAGCAUUGACGACGGCGAUGUCAAGGACGACGCCUAGAAAAAAAUGAAUUUAUAUAUGAAUUUCGCAGAUGCCUAAAUCUAUUCAGUGCGUCUAUCCGUCUCAGAACUUGCUCGAGCUCAAUAUGUAAUGCUAGCGUUCAAUUCCAGAUGAAAAUACGAAAAAUUAGCCGCCGUUGUUUACGUUCUCCAAAAUACGCCGAACUUCGUAAUUUCACGUUGUUGUUUUACAGAGCAUGGCUAAGAAACAAACAAAAGAUUUAUAACGCACGUGCACAGCUAUUGUUCUGCUCAUGAAAGGUUUUGUUUCGUGGCGGUCUCGUUGCAGUUGCCUGGUGGCUAAGUUAAGGUCCCUAUCAAAAAUUGCCAGUGUCAGCUAAAUUGUUGUUGCAGAGUUGGUAUUUCUUAGCGGUAAAAAUGAGUUUGAGCCAUGUCCAUAAAACAAGAUUCUGUUACCGUACCUUUGGGGCACUCUUGUCAUAAUUUUCGACCAUCAAAAGCAAGUGUUUAUUGAUGGCUGCCGAUAACUUCCGAGUCCAAUUCUUUCCAAAACUGCUAUGGCUAUGUCUAAUGUUUAUGUCGUGUCUUCUUUGUCCAAGAGGAAAGCAAAAUGAAAAAAACAAUUAGCUAUUAAUGAUAAGAAGCAAGCUAAGGAGAGUAGCGAGCAAGCUCAAGCCCUCUUCGCCGCAGAGGCUUCUGGGUGCUUAAUACUUUCCUCUCCCCAUUGUACCUAAGUGCUAAGGAAGCUCUAAACUAAGCGCUGCAGUCCUUAUUCUCCUCACGGCUCAGCCGAUAUUCUCGAUAUGUUCACUUCCCUUACGAGCAAGCGCACGCGUAUCUAAUGCGAAGACCCAAAAGAACUCCCCCUAUAUUGCUUCAGACAGACAACCGGGACAACAGACUGCCAAAAUUACAUGUAAUUCUAGACAGAAUUGCUUCAUUUAAAGUUGAAUAAGAAGAUUUGACAUGUACAUAUCUGCAUAGUAUUUCCUUUUAAGCUACGAUGGCCAAAGAAAAGCUUUUUUCUCCUUAGAGGCUUCCAGGUACCUAGUAUUUUCCUCUCCCCAAUCUCCCCAAGCCCUAAGCGAGCUCAGAACGCGAGUUAAAUUUGAAUCUUCUGCUCCUAAUAUUAAAUCUUGUUGCUUCAUUUCUGGACUGUGAAUAGUCCACCCUUUUUUAAUUUUUUUUAGGGCCUCGGCGCUUGCCAAGGCCACGACGUCUAGGAAGAACAGUCGGAUGCCGAGAGGCAUCUUCUAACCUCGCAAUCGUGUCUAAACCGUCAGAGAAAAGGAAUUGUGAACCGGUGGGGAGAGGGUCACGGGGUGGGAUUACUUACCUUGGGGAGGCCCGUGAGAAGGAUUCACCAUUCUUAUUCGUCCCGGAACUCAGUACCAAAUUUGGAAUACGUCCGUUUUUCGCACCUCCUGGUACGGCUUGGUACAAGUAAGUUUCGCUGAACUGACUUUAUAUAUCCUGGUAGCUCCUUGAGAAGUAAAUUCAUCGUACUGAAAUAGACUAGCUGAAUCAACUUUAUAGUAUUCCUGAUUGAAAGACCUCAGUGGAUGCUGCAGUUCAAGGUACGGAGUCAUUAUUCUUAUUCAAGGUCACGAGAGGAAACUAAUACACUGAGGAAAUUAUGUUCUCCCGAAACAGGUCAAGUUCCGAUACAUCAGUUAACGAGUGCACAACCAGCUAACCGAAUGGAUUCAAAGACCAAGUGGUUUGUGAUCGGACUUCUUUCCUUCGCGCUGGGAAGCAUGUUUUUGGCAGGUUAUUUUCUUACUCCUGGUUACAAGUCUGAGGACAACAAUCAGGACAAUGCUGAUAUUAACAAUGGGCCAUAUUCCUUCAGCGACAAGCACUACGCGUGGCCAUUUGGCGUGUCUCUAAUGAUAUUUGGAUUUUUGGUUGUUCUAGUGAAUCUCGGUACUGAACAUGACAGCAGGUGA